UUACCCAAUUUACCAAGAGAGUAAAUUCAGCCAUAAUAUUAUCCAUUUAUUAUUAUAUUUCUUAAGUGCGGGGAGAUGUUGCCAGUGGAUGUUGUGACCGCAGUGACCGUGUGAUCAGUGGUUUGGAAAUUGACCGAGUUGGUGCAUAGCUGGGCACCAGUGCUUUCUUUCUAGCGGGAGGGUUGUCUGUGAUGAGCUGCAACCAUGACGAUGUGGCAGAGCGGGAUGGGGGGCCACGGGGGCAAGAACAACGCCUGGAUGAAGCUGAUGGGCAUCGUCCACAAGGAACGACGCCACCACGACUCAGGCCCCACGUCCACGGACAGGACACUUAGCCAGUCGCUGCCCAAGCUCAGCAGCCAGGAAGAGGACGGGCACACCCCCCACUCCCAGUUCACUGGUGUAGCCCACUUCGAGCCCAUCCCACACGACCACGAUUUUUGUGAAAGAGUCGUGAUAAACGUGAGCGGCCUUCGGUUCGAAACCCAGCUUCGGACGCUGAACCAGUUCCCGGACACGCUGCUGGGCGACCCGGCCCGGCGAAUACGCUACUUCGACCCGCUCCGCAAUGAGUACUUCUUCGACCGAAACCGGCCCUCGUUCGACGCCAUCCUCUAUUACUACCAGAGCGGUGGCCGGCUGCGCAGGCCGGUCAACGUGCCCCUCGACGUCUUCAGCGAAGAGAUCAAGUUCUACGAGCUGGGCGAACUGGCCAUCAAUAAGUUCAGGGAGGACGAGGGCUUCAUCAAGGAGGAGGAGAAACCGCUGCCCUCGCACGAGUUCCAGCGCAACGUGUGGCUCCUGUUCGAGUAUCCCGAGUCGUCGCAGGCGGCUCGGGUCGUCGCCAUUAUAUCGGUCUUCGUCAUUCUGCUCUCCAUCGUCAUCUUCUGCCUGGAAACGCUGCCCGAGUUCAAGCACUACAAGGUGUUCAACACAACCACCAACGGCACCAAGAUAGAGGAGGACGAGGUGCCCGACAUCACGGACCCCUUCUUCCUCAUAGAGACCAUCUGUAUCAUUUGGUUCACGUUCGAAUUGUCCGUGCGCUUCCUGGCGUGUCCCAAUAAGCUACACUUUUUCCGAGACGUCAUGAACUUUAUCGACAUCAUCGCCAUCAUUCCGUACUUUAUCACGUUGGCCACCGUAGUCGCCGAAGAGGAGGACACGCUCAACCUGCCUCGGGCGCCCGUCAGCCCUCAAGACAAGAGCACCAACCAGGCCAUGUCGUUGGCCAUUCUCCGUGUCAUUCGGCUUGUGCGAGUCUUCCGCAUCUUCAAACUUAGCCGGCACAGUAAAGGACUGCAAAUCCUCGGCCGCACGCUCAAGGCCAGCAUGCGAGAGUUGGGUUUGCUCAUCUUCUUCCUUUUUAUAGGUGUGGUGCUCUUCUCCAGCAUCGUGUACUUCGCCGAGGCCGGCACGGAGAAGUCCUUCUUCAAAUCCAUCCCGGAUGCCUUCUGGUGGGCGGUCGUGACCAUGACCACAGUGGGCUACGGCGAUAUGAGGCCGGUUGGUGUCUGGGGCAAGAUAGUUGGUUCGCUGUGUGCGAUCGCCGGUGUGCUGACCAUCGCGCUUCCGGUGCCCGUCAUAGUCUCCAACUUCAACUACUUCUACCACCGUGAAACGGACCAGGAGGAGAUGCAGUCGCAGAAUUUCAACCAUGUGACGAGCUGCCCGUACCUGCCCGGAACGCUGGGCCAGCACAUGAAAAAGAGCUCGCUGAGCGAGUCCAGCAGUGACCUGGUCGAGCUGGAGGAGGGCCUGCUGGUGACGCGCGACCAGCUCGUUCGGAAGCAGAACUGCAACCCGCGCCACAACAACAAUAUCAACGCCAUGAGCAUCGAGACUGACGUUUGACUACGAGUGACGGAUGCGCUGCACCUAAUACUGCUUGACGCAGAUUAUUGUUGUCUUCUCGAUGCGCCUUGCCUCACGAGAAACCCCGGCAGCCAAGCAAGAACCGAACAGAUGAAGUCACGGUCGCCCCAACUGAACGAGAAGAUACACCGGCAAGUGGAGACGGAGGCGUCGACACCACGACACCACCAACCCCCAACAAGGAACGACGAAGACAACAACAGUAGACGCGAGUGUCAAAGUGCAGUGCUCCGGACGCUAUCCGAACUGUUACAUCAAAUUCACAGGACUUUUUUCUCGGUACUUUUGUAUUACUAUAACGAUUGUUUUUGGGUGAGAUAUCCUGCCAAACAUAUAACAUAAUUAUUACAUAAUAAUGAUAGUGGCGCGGCACAGCCAAGCAGCCGGGCACUCUGUGAAGGAGGCGGAUGUUCGAAGGUUUUUCUUUUGAGGGUGUCUUUAAUAUCUAUUUGGAUCUAUUGUAUGUAAGUUCUGGCACAUAUUGGAUUAAUUAACCAGGAGGAGAGUGUUAACGAAAGGGUAACUGAUCUGUCCGUAUUUCUAAAUUUCUGUACCGUCUCUCUCCUUUUUCAUUCAAAAAAAAAAAAAACACACAGAACUGACGCAACAUAAAUCUCAAGGAAUAAACCUAAAUGUAAAAAAAUUAACUUGAACAAAUGAGUGAUGUACAUAUAUUUAUAAACAGGGUGUGCGCCUUCGCCACAGAGUGCAGGUUCGUGAUCCUCUGCCCCAUCACUAUGGGAAUAAAUACCUAUAAAUAAUAUGAAAGUAACUUAUAAUAAUGAUAAUGAUAACGUAAUAUUUAAUAAUGAGUAACCAAAGCAGUAACGCCAUCUCGAGGCGCAUCGGCUUGUGACGCCAUCUCUCGAACGCACAGAGGUAUAAAUAGAUAAAUCUAGCGGGGAAAAAAUGCCAAUUCGUUUCCUAAAAUAAAUUAAAUUAGAAUUCUUUAGUGGAUUUCUUCGUCGACGUUCUUAGAAAUGUACCGGACGAUUUGUUUGGGAAACACGAGUAUACGAGCCAUUGACACAAUGGGUUUUACCUCAUGGUGGACGUUGGAUUUUUCUGGACCAGCUUCAAAGAUUCCAAAGUCCACAACGAGGAGAUUUCAGUUUGGAGUUGUCAGAUUAUUAAAUUGCCAAAAAUUAAAAGUUGCCACGAUUCCGUUGAAUCACUCCGAGAUCAUGUUGAAGUUUUUAGAUGCUUUGCAAAGUCAAGCCAAAAAAUAUUAUUUUUUAUUGAGUUUGUAUAUAAGUUAGGUUUCUUUGUAAAUAUUGUUGUAUAUGUUAUUUAAACUUGUACAUAGCCCUUUGGGGUUAUAUACCUCAAUGAAAGCACCUUCGCUUUGGAAAAGCAUCUAAUUACCUCAAAUGUGUUUAAGUAUGAUCAUUAGAUAUCAUCGAAACGGUGCGAUAUUUGUUUUUCCCAACUUGUAAUGUUGUAAUACAACUUCUAAUUACCAAACAUAAGUAAAUGAGAAUGUAAUAUCUAGUCUUAGCUAAGAAUAGUGAUUUAUAGUUAAAAAUCAAGCAAUGAAUCUUAUAAACCUUUGCAUUUAUACCUCUAACCUAGAAUAGUUCUUAUUUUACGAUGUUCCUUGGUUUUCUUCCAUAUUAGGUCUCUGUUUAAGUCUGUUAACACAAAAAAGUGGCUUAAUAUGCAAGAGUUAUCCAAAAAUAGUCAUAACAUAAGAACGAACAUAUUUUGCGAUUAGUUCAAGCGAAAUAUGACAACGGCAGAGAAAAUUUUCAGCAUUAACUCUUACCGACCGUUUAAAGGUGUUACAGUGACAUUGUUACCAUAAAAUUGCAGUAUUCUGAGCUUUCUAUUCGUAUAUUAUACAAUGACUAUAGGCUUGCGAUUUUUUCAUUUACAAUGAAGCCCAUGAAGCUUGUAAUGAGAGCGUUUUUAAAUAAAGACUUGAAAUCUUGCGAGCAAAUUUUAGAAACUUAUGGCAGACAACGUUACUUAACAGAUUUAAGGUGCGCGAAUCAUUGUGCUGAGAAUUUUAUCACGCCUCAAGAUAGAAUCUUUUAAAUUUGACUGAACUGGUAUUUUACAAUAAUGACUGAGCAAUUCCAUGUUAUACUGCCUAAAAGAUGGAUUCCGACACUCCACAAGGUUCUAACACCACAAAUGUUAUUUUGUCGCUUAGUUUCGAAAUAAAAUGUUCAGUUAUAAUAUUAUGUACAUGAGAAAAUUAUACUUAAAAAUAUUAUUUUGAAGGAAAUAUUUACGGAGAGCAAUUAAAUAUUUUUUAAAUAAACUGUUUUAAAGAUUGAUUUAUAAUGAACAAAAUUCGUUAAGAGAAACAUUUUUGAUGAGUGAACUGGGUGGUGUGUCGGCGCGUUGCGUUUGGAAUUGCCCGACAUCCGGACACCAGAAACCAAGAGAGGAGAGAACCGGCUAAAUUUGCAAUUUAGGCCACUGUGAAAAGGCGUGUCGCGGCCCGAUGCGAGUAUGCUGUGUAGUGCUCACACGAACUCUUAUUAGUUCUUGGCACUGUUUUAAGUGCUUGUAUUUUUGGGCUGUGUGAAGCUUACCUAGGGUUGGAUUAGCUUUAGCCCUUGUUACAUAUCCACCCGCGUAGCCGGAACGGUGGGCACGGGUCCGGCCGCUGCGGCUCUUAAAACGGACGGCCCCCUCUGAACUAUUUCUCCCUACGCCACUUCCACCACGAACGAUUUGGAAUACCCCACCGUAUUAAAGCAUCUUUUAUGGCAUUUUUGCUUUGAAGUCUCCCCAUGAUCUACAUAUUGAAUUAAUGUUUUUAUAAAUUAUUUUCUCAUUAAAUAAAUUGUAUACUAUCGAAAUUCCAGUUGAAUUCAUGCCAAAAACUUACAUAACUUCUGGAAAAUUAGUGCCAUCCCUGUAAGAAACUUUAAUGUUAAUACAAGUCAAUACAAUUUGUCAAUUUUAACAGUGUAAAUAUGUUUUAGAAUUAUGAAUUAAUUUUAUUUUCAAUUUCUACAGGCAAGGCAUUUAAAAAUCGGCAUUUUAAUUAAAUAAGUUACGUAUUAUGAAUAUCAUCAAGUAUGAUUAUUUCUAAUUUGUGGAACGUUGAGAAGAUAUUGCGGAAGUGGGUGGGUGGAAUAGGUCGGGGGCAUCGCAUACGUCCGUAAGCCACGGAGCCGUGAUGUUUGUCGGCCGGCCCGCGACAUUGGAAGCAGGCCGGCCCGUCUCCACCCUCGCAAUAUAUCACUAUUUAAAUCGAAUUCGAAUGCUAAAUAAUCAUUACUGUGUAGAUAAUCAAUAAUCAAAACCGAACAUUGAUUUAUUUGUUUAUAUCAGGCGGAAUAAUUGUGUAUGUUAAUGUUAUUAUUGUUGUUUCGUUCGUUUGCGGUUGUGUGGGGGCGGUCAGAACCGGCAUCUGGCCGCACCCAGCCACCGCCACACACCAAAGCGCGUGUCCCCGUACCCCCAACCAAGAAGGGGGGGACGCCGCGAACCAUUGUCAUUUAUUUGUGAAUCAGUAUGAAUCUAGUCAUGUUUGUUACAAUUUAAAAUAUUUUAUAAAUGUUGAUUAAUAUACGACAUUCCUAUUUCAA